GCUACGACCAUAGAUCUCCCGAUCUCCCGCCGGGUUCGCGCCUUGCAAUCCAAACUUGCUCCGUUUACCCAAAUUCUACGUGACAUAUGCCUUAGCUCUCCAUCUCGCUUCUAGUACAGAUUCUUGAACCGCUGAGAAACAAACCCUAAUCCAGAUUACUUGAACACUCUUCGUACUAGUAAGUGAGAUCUCAGAUAGUUUCUCACAGUAUGAGGAAAGUAAUGGAGAUAGCAGAUGAGCCAGUCAUCGUCAAGUCUAGUAGACUGAAAUCUGAUGUGUGGAAUGAUUUUGAUAGAGUGAAAAAGGAUGAUACUUUUAUAGCUAUCUGUAGGCACUGUGAAAGGAAACUUAGUGGGUCUAGUACCAGUGGUACUUCACAUUUGAGGAAUCAUUUACUUAGAUGUAGGAGUAGAACAAACUAUGAUACAAGUCAGUUGCUCACAAGGGGCAAGAAUAAGGAUAAAAUGUUUGCUGCGGUAAAUUGUACUUUUGACCAAGAGCAGAGAAAGGCCGAAGCUUUCAGCAUUGUGAAGCUUGAACAUGGACCCAUGAAAGAUGGAAUCAACAGUAGAAGUUUGAACUUUGAUAACAGGCAGAGUCGGCUUGAUCUUGCUCGCAUGAUAUAUUACAUGGGUACCCUAUGACUAUGGUUGAGCAUGUUGGAUUUAGAAUGUUUGUUAGAAAUCUUCAACCUUUGUUUGACAUUGCUACAUUUGAUGGAGUUGAGGCUGACUGUAGGGAAAUUUAUUUAAAGGAAAGACAAAAGGUAUAUGAGGAGUUGGAUAAAUUGCCUGGUAAGAUUGGCCUUAGUGCUGAUACAUGGACUGCUAAUGGAGAUGCUGAAUACUUAUGCUUGACGGCUCAUUACAUUGACGAUUCUUGGCAAGUGAAGAAGAAGAUUCUGAACUUUUUACUGGUUGAUCCUUCUCAGACAGAUGGCGACAUGCUUUCAGAAGUUAUAAUGACGAGUUUAAGAAAUUGGGAUAUUGACCGAAAGUUGUUUUCUGUGACAUUUGAUAAUCAUUCUAUGUAUGAGAAAAUUGUCUGGAAAAUUAGAGAGCAACUAUGCCAGCACAGAUUUCUUCUUUGCAAUGGGCAACUAUUUGAUAUACCAUGUGCAGCAAAUCUUAUUAAAAUGAUGGUUCAAGAUACUUUAGAGAAAUCAUGUGAGAUUCUCCAUAAGGUUCGGGAAAGUAUUCGGUAUGUUCAAUGUUCUCAAUCGACACAAGAAAAGUUCAAUGAGAUGGUUCAACUUGUUGGAAUUAAUAGCCAGAAAUGCUUAUGUCUUGAUAAUACACAUCAGUGGAAUUCGACAUGCGUCAUGCUUGAUGCUGCUUUAGAGUACAAAGAUGUAUUCCUCAUUUUUCAAGAACAUGACCCUCACACUGGAACAUCACUCUCUGGUGUAGACUGGGACAGGGUAAGUGCCUUAACUACCUUCAUAAAGCAAUUUCACGAAGCUUCCAGCAUUUUUAGAGGAAACAAGUGUAAUACUGCAAAUAUUUAUUUCCCUGAGAUCUGCAAUAUUCAUUUACAGUUGAUUGAGUGGUGUAAAAACUCGGAUGAUUUUAUUCAUUCAUUGGCAUUAAAAAUGAAAAGCAGAUUUGAUGAAUAUUGGAAGAAAUGCAGCUUGGCUCUGGCCAUUGCAGCCAUCUUAGAUCCACGAUUCAAGCUGAAAUUGGUUGAAUAUUACUAUCCACAGAUAUAUGGUGAUAAAUCUCAAAAAUGCAUUGAUACUGUUUCAGAUUGUAUGAAAGCACUAUAUACUGGCCAUGCCAUUUAUUCACCAUUAGCUUCUCAUGGUUCAUGUGAUGGCUCUCUUGUUGGUACUGAUUCUAGAGAUCGGCUGAAAGGCUUUGACCGUUUCCUUCAUGAAACAUCAGAGAGUCAAUCAGACUUGGACAAAUACUUGGAAGAACCUCUUUUCCCCCGGACUGUGGACUUUAACAUAUUGAAUUGGUGGAAGGUUCAUGCACCAAGAUAUCCCAUUCUAUCUAUGAUGGCUUGCAUUCUAUCUAUGAUGGCUUGCAACAUUCUAGGAAUUCCUAUGUCAAAGGUUGGACCAGAGCUAAUGUACAGCACAGGGAAUAGAGCUGUUGACAGUUAUAGGAGUCCUCUGAGAUCAGAUACUCUACAAGCAUUGAUGUGUGCCCAGGAUUGGAUGCACAAUGAUUUUGAAGAUGCAAAGGCUUGGCCGGGCUCUACUAUUUUUGCAUUAAGCUAGGAUGAAAAACAGUAGCAAGACUUUGGUGCACUUUUCUGGUCUAGCAUCAUCAUUCUUUUGUGAAGUGUGUACAUAUUUUUCUGUGAAGGUCUCUGCCUCCCUCAAAUUUAGUAGGAAAGUAUAUAUUUUGUAUAAAUACUUUUUGGCCUAAAGCAUGAACAUGAGGAUUGAGGAAUGCUUGGUAUGGUUUUGCCUAGUCUUGCUUCUACA